UUGGACAAAACUGCUACAAUUUCCAAGAUGCAUAGCUAAUAUUUUCUCUCUUUCCCCCUUUUUUUUUAAUUUUUAUAUCUGCAUUAUGUGUUUAUAAUUAUACCAUCAUUAGUAAUAGUAUAUUAGUACUAUCAAUACACGCUGAUGAAAACGGAAAGUCAAAAAAAUACUUUACCACUGAUUUGAAAGAUAAACAAUAAAUUUAGUGUUACUAUCUGACGAAUAACGUUUAAUCGAAACGCUGCAACAGUCCCGAGUGUAACAAGGAAAGAACAGAGGCUUGGUUGAUCUCGUAUCUCCAGUAAUAACUCGCAGGUAGUGAAAAAUACUUGCCAAGAUGCUAUGUAAUGGAGUAUCAACAAUGAGCCCGCAGGGAAGUUGUAAUGAGUGUUCAGAACAGACUGGCACUGAAAAGCUUCAUGUUACAGAAGAUAUUUGGAAGCAGCAAGAAGAAUUUGGACCUACUAAGGUUGAACUGCGUAAUGGUGUGAUAAUGCCAAUUCUAGGUUUGGGGACAUCUCACAGUGGAGGAUACUCUCACCAAGCAGUGCUCCAUGCCUUGAAGGAUUGUGGGUAUCGCUUGGUUGACACUGCUAAACGAUAUGGAUGUGAAAUGCUUCUAGGGAAAACUCUCAGAGACAGUGGUGUCUCACGAGAGGAUAUCUUUCUGACGACCAAGCUGUGGCCAAGAGACUAUGGUGCCUUUGCAACAAAGCAAGCUUUUUAUGGGUCUAUGGAAAGACUAGGAGUAGAGUAUAUUGAUCUGUUCAUGAUGCACUGGCCAGAAUGCAUGUCAUCUUGUAGCAACAAAUGGCAAAUUCUUGAAGAAACCUGGAGAUCGCUGGAACUCCUUCUGGAUGAAGGUUUAUGCCGUUCCAUUGGUGUGAGUAACUACGAUAUUCCUGAUCUGGAGAAGCAGCUUGAUACUUGUAGUGUAGUUCCAUUUGUUAACCAGGUGGAGUUUCAUCCCUAUCAGAAUCCAAAAGCUUUAUUUGAAUAUUGUAAGGAGAAUAAAAUCCAAUUUCAUGGUUACAGCCCCUUAGCAAAAGGCCAGAUUUUGAAGGAGGCCCCAGUUACACAAAUUGCCAAGCAUCAUAAUCGAACACCAGCUCAAGUUCUGAUUCGUUGGUCAAUUCAGAAUGAAGUUGUGACUAUUCCAAAGUCAACUAAUAAACAUAGGGUGAAAGAGAAUGCCCAGGUCUUCAAUUUUGAACUUUCUCCAGAAGAAAUGGACCUGCUGAAUAACUUGCAUGAUGGAAGACGUAUUGUAGAUGUCUCUACUCUUCAGAGUAGAAUUGAUUCAGAUCUUCCAGAUGGUUACAAACUUCAUUUUGUGUCACUAGUGGAAGAAAAAUCUAAUUAUCGAAACCACAGUUAAAAUUAUUUGUAAUAGUUUUAAGUAAAUUUCAAACAUUUCAUUAUAGCUGUUGUAGUACCAUAGAGUAUAUAAAUUUGAAGCAGACUUCUCCAUAUGUGCAUGAUACAAUUUUCUCUGUUGAUACUUGUUGUAAACAUAUUUAUCAAUAAUAUUAUUUAUAGUACACUGUGUAUUCUGUAUUACUAUAUAUAUACAUUUUGUUAAUAGUUCUGCAAGAGUAAUGACUCGCAUUGAAAUGAGUUCUGUUUCGCUGGGCUGUACCGAAAUGAUGUUACUUUUACUCAGUUUAUACUAUAGAUAGUAGUUCUAUUAAUAUACCUGUGUGUAUUUCACAAAACCUCAUGAUGAAAGUGUUGUACAUGAAAAUGUGUUACACUAGCACAUUGGCAGUAGUGCUGUAUAUGUACGGUGCAGCAUCAACUGGUGAUAUUGUAUACAUAUGUGUAUUUUAACAGUAUGGAGAAAAUGCUGUAUAUUUGUAUUACAGUAUCAUACUGGUGAUAUAUAGUGUUGUUUUUAAUUGUUUUAGUACCCUAAUAACAUCGUGCAGUAUACCAUAUUGGUGAUAGUGCUGUAUAUAUAUGUAUAGCAAUACUACUAUAUUGAUGGGGUUGGGUAUGUAUUAUUAGUAGUUCUAUAUGUAUGUAUACAUGCAUUUUCAAAAUAUCUACAUGUAGGGAUGAAAAUGCUGUACAAAUAUACCAUAUUUGUGGUCUGUAGAUAUGAAUAAGAUGCAUGUAUAUAUUACAGUAUCACACUAUAAGUGAAAGUACUACAAUAGAUACUGGUGAUAGUCAUGUAUAGGUGUAUUUUUUCAGAUAUUAAUGAUUGUAGAAACUCUUUUAAAAAUAUAACUUUCAUAUCAAUAUUACGUUAAUAACUGUAUCCAAUUCUAGAAUGCGUAUAAAAUUAAAAUUUGUAACAUGAAGCAGUAAUCUAGUUUUAAAAUAUUAAAGAUAAAAUACUGUUCAACCAACAAUGUCAUCCAGGAAACACAGUAGGUGUGUUGGUAUUUUAAUUGUCGAUUGGUAAGUUGCAAUGAGAUUCAAAACAAGUAACAUUUAUUUUUCAAUGGAUAGUAAUGCAGUGCUUUUCGUGUGACUUUACAAGACACCUGAUUUCAAAACUUUUGUUAUAUGAAUGUAUAUUAAGUAGUUAACUGUGAAUUUGCAGUGAGAACUCGUAUAAAAUGCUUAAUACCCAUGCGCGCGCGUACACACACACACAUAUGUGCAAGACAUAUUUCGGUAGUUGUUUUAUAAUUACCGUUGUUAUAUACAUGACAUUGUAACAGUAUUAAAUUCAAUUUGAGUAUUAUAUUAAAA